UACACGUCUAGCACGACAUAUCCUCUCAUUUCGUCCUUCAAACUGGGGAAACGUUCCCAAUAGACAACUCAAGUUGAAUAGCAUCAUGAAGUGUGAGUUUCUCUUACCAUUGGUUGACAGUGAGUCACGUGACUAAGGUGUGCACGUUUACCUGCUCUUGCAUCUGUGCGUGAACACACUCCUGACAGGAUCAACUGAUGAGCAGAGGCGAGUGAACCGGAUCUUACACUGUACGCGUGUGCCUUUAAAAUAAUAAUAAUAAUAAUAAUAAUAAUAAUAAUAAUAAUAAUAAUAAUAAUAAUAAAUAGAUUAAGUAGCCCAAAUGGUCAAUUAUACGCAAAUACAUUUUAAAUGCUGUUAAAAAUAGCUCCGAGUUCAAGUAAUGGCACUGUCACAGGUUCAGUGUCUAGAUGACAAUCACAUCAACUUGCGCACUAACGAGUCCAAGCCGGAGUUCUUCUACAGCGAGCAGCAGAGACUCGCGCUGGAGACACUCAUACACGAGGGACGGGACGCUUAUGAGGACUACAUCAAAACACACAACAUCCGCUGCUUUCUCUCGGACCUCGAAGUUGAGAGGAUCCUCAGCACCGUGGAGGUGUACAGCCCGGGCUCCCCUGAUGAUAGCGCUGAGCUGCUGCUGGGGGACAGUGAUGGGGAGGACAUGUCCCUUCAGUACUGGCCUGACCGCUCGGACCGCUCCAUCCCGCUGCUGGACAUCGGCUGGCCGGACCGAGCGUCCUACCGCGGAGUCACUCGAGCUCAAGUGUACACUCAGCCCCCUUAUGAGGGGCAGUCACAUAUCAAAGAGGUCGUUAGAAAAAUGAUCUCCCAAGCACAAAAGGUUAUUGCAAUUGCCAUGGACUUGUUCACAGACAUUGACAUCUUCAAAGAUCUCCUGGAUGCAAGCUACAAACGGAAAGUUUCUGUUUACAUUGUGUUGGAGACCACCGGAGUGAAGCACUUCCUGAGAAUGUGUGAGAAAGCAGGCAUGCACACAGGACACCUCAAGAACUUGAGAGUGCGCAGCAUUAGAGGGGCAGAAUUUUUCAGUCGAUUCUCAAAGAGAGUGUGUGGAAGCCAAAGCCAGAAGUUCAUGUUUAUUGACGGAGACAAAGCAGUCUCAGGGUCAUAUAGUUUCACAUGGUCUGCCUCUAGACUGGACAGAAACCUCAUCACAGUUCUCACUGGCCAAGCAGUCGACACAUUUGACUUAUUGUUUCAGGAUAUGUACAUGAUGUCUAAUGGAGUGUGUCUGAGCAAGAUUAAUCUGAGCAAUGAGCCUGAACCUGAGUUCCUCCCUAAAGUGGUACCCAUUCUACUCCCCUCAGCCACCACAGCACUCAAGCUCAUUAAUCCAAAAUACACUCUUGUCUCCAACUGUGCAUUCACUACCAACGGACCUACAUCUAACCAGACAAGUGCCAAGAACAGCACUUCCAAGAAUCAGACGGAAGUCAUCAAACAAAUGAAAGAGACAACAGUGGUGCCACCGGUUCACCCGGGACUGUUCAACCUGGAAAAGGCGAACAUGAUCAAUUAUGUGCCGACCUGGCCGGAUCCUGACCCGCCGAGUGAUGUCAUUGGUUUCAUUAACAUAAGAGACUCCAGCAAGCCAUUGCAAGCUCACCUAAUGCGUUCAGAACUCUUUGAAGUGUCUCAAGCCAUCCGAUUCAAGGAUCCUUUUCUUGAGGCAAAGGAGUCUUUAUAUCUGAGGGCUUGUCCUGGACCCAUAUCCCAAACUCCCUCUUUUCCUGAAGCUCCAGCUCAGAAACAAACAUCAGGUGAAGCGCAGAAGUGUUUUGAUCCAAAUCAACAUCAAAGAAGCAGCCGGAAUGAGACAGUUAUCUCGCCUUUUGAGAAGCUGGAAAGAGUGCAUGUGCUUGCCUGUAAGAAAGUAAAUAAAGAGGAACUAUGUGUGAUGGAAAAAGAGGUGGACUCUAUAUCUUUGCAGAGCAAAAGCACUAUUAAAGAAAAAGACAUUCCUAGUACAAUUUCAUCUUUGGCUCAAGACGAUAAAGAUACAAAGCAAGCUCUGGACAAUCUACAACCUCCAAAAUGUCCUGCCCAAACCUCAGAGGAUCUUGACUUGAAAUCAUCAUCAUCAGCGAUGCCCAACAAAAGUCAUCAUGACUCAUUUGCCCUCAUAGACACUCCUUCUGUUAAGCAAAGCCAAGAUGACCAAGUCAUAAAUGAUGUUGCCACUCAAGACCACAGCGAUACUAAUCCAGACACAAACCAAAAUGGCUGGAAAGGUACACAGACGUCUAACUUUGGCUCCAGCAUCUCUUCAUUGUCUGAUGAAUACUAUGAGUGUUUUAGCCCUGGUGCUGACUUUAGGUCUGUAGGAGAUGUCUUUUUGCCUGAAAUUAAAAAAGAAUAUUUGCACAAUUCGAUCCAAAACAGUGACAGAGAGCAGGAAGUUCCUUGUUCAAAUUCAUCCCCAGCUCAAGACGCUACAGACUUGGCUAAUAAACAGAACUUGUUUAUUCCCAAACUUUUAAAAAGAUCUUGCAGUAUUGUUUUCAGUUACUUAUCUGCAGGCAUCAAAACAUCAGCUGCAACUUCCAAAACCUGUAAAAUAGCUGAGAAAACUGAAAAACCACCCCUGCAGGGCUUUCAACCUGAGGUAAGUCUAGAUUUGAUAUGUAAGGGACAGUGUUUCCAGUUAUCUGAGACUACCACUAAACCACCACUACAUGACUCUCAGUCUGGGGAAAGUCCAGAUUUAAUGCUCAAACCUUCAAAGGUGAAUGCUAACCCACAGUUGUUAACAGACAAUGCAUUUAGGAGCUCAACACUGCAAGAUAAAGCAGAUGUAACUCCUGUAAUUCCAGAGAAGACCAAGGCAACAAAGUCCAUCGAGUUCCCUAAGAGUGAAGAACUGCAAAACCCAUCGACUGAUUUAGAUUCUGGAUCAAAUCAUCCACUCAACCUUAAAUCCGAAGAGCAUGUGAAUGAGCAUUUAAAACUCCAGAGUGAUGAAGUCAGUCCGGCUGUGUUAAAGAGGAAAUCCGAGGACCACAAUCUUCAAGAGAAAGUACCAGAACAGUUUGAAACCAUUGAGCUGCUGAUAUUAGAGGAUUCAGACUCUCAGGAGACAGAGCUGAACUAUUCUGAACCCAUAGGACCUGCACUGAGAAAUCAAACAAAAAUGAGCAAAACUGAGCCUAUAGAACCAAAGACUAUAAAUUGUAGAAAAUCUAAAGAGAAUAAGCUUGUUCAUGAUGUUUACAGUAGGCAUAGAAAGAAAAUGUGUCACCCGACAGCGCUGAUUGAUGAGAAACAAGAAGGGGAACAUAUUUGUUCAAAUCAGAUGAACAAGAACCUGCCAGAGGCCAAACCCAAGCUGGAGUGUCUGGUUAGGAAGCAACCACAUCAACCAACAUCCAGAAUUCCUAUUCAAGCAAGAGGAGGGUUAACUAAGUUACCCAUCAGCAAAGCUGACACUAGCAAUCGUUCAUUUGGGCUUCAAGCUCCUAAAGCUGGCAUGCAUAUACACCCAUUUGGAAAACCAUUGGGGCAGAAUAAGCCCAGCAUUACAUCAUCUCCUUCUCCUGAAAAAUUGUCUCCAGGAGGAGUUGCUCCAGUUAGGUCAACACAAAGACCCCCUCGCACAGUCCCUGCACCAAAUGGUCCUACUUCUCCCUCAAAACUGCCACAGGUCCAGCUGAUUGCACCUAAGAUUGGGCAGUCAGACCAGCCAAAUGUUUCCAGGAAACGCUCUGCAUCCUUAACAAAGUAUAGUUGCUCUUCUCCUGGAAUUUCCUGUCCAGCACAAGUAAGGAAGCAGGUGACUAAAGGGUCUGCACCAAACAAGUAGAAUAAGGCACCAAAUCGUUGCAUACUAGUUUCAUGAAUGUAAUAAUGUGCAAUAAAUAAAUAAAAAUGCUUAAAGGCCACUGGGUUAUUUUAGUAUUUUUAUUGAACUUUUAUUGAACCAUGUGAGUUGAACUUACAUAAAACGGCUUUAUUUAUGCUAUUUAGUCAGCAGAAAGUUAAUACAGGAUUAACAUAGGAUUUUCCCAAUACAAAUAAGUUUUUCUAACUGAUGAAUGUGUUAUGUAAAUUUCAGGCACAGACUUUUAGAUACAGCUUUAUGAUUGUCCUUAAAGCUAUUAAUAUGUAAAUCGUUUAAUUAUGUCUAUUCAGCUCGAUGUAAAUGAUCAAAUACUGGUCUUAUUAAAUCUUCACAGUUAACUUAAUUUUCCCUUUUUUUAUUAUAUAAAGAUGUUUUACCAUUGUUGCUACUUGUUGGAGCAGUUUCAAACAGAAUUUAACUUUAUCACAUACCAUAACUUCUUUUAAAGUUAUUUUUAAAGGGAUCAUAUGAUGUUGCUAAAAAGAACAUUAUUUUGUGUAUUUGGUGUAAUGCAUUGUGUUUAUGCGGUUUAAGGUUAAAAAAACAAACAAAUGAUUUUCACAUACUGUACAUUAUUGUUUCUCCUUUACCCCCCCCCCCCCCAACCUUUGUAAAACACAUUGUUUUUUACAAAGCUCAUCGGUCUGAAAAGCCAGGUGUGCUCUGAUUGGCCAGCUAUCCAGUGUGUUGUGAUUGUCCCAAUGCCUCAAGCCUCUGACGGAAAUGUUAUGCCCCUCAUCAUAUUGUAAUGCAUGUCCCGGUUAGAACAAGGGCAAGACAAGACAAAAACAAUAAAACCCAUUACAAACGAGCCAUUUUC